UCUCUCUCUCCCUCUGAAACCAGAGCUAUGGAGGAGUUUUACUGCUCGGUCCCUGACAGUUGGUGGCAGAGGUGGGAUCUUCCAGUUAAAGGACAUUGGUAAAUAGAUUCUCCCAAAUUUUUUUUCUCUUCUUUUAUCCUGACGAAUCUACAAUGAAGGGAACCAAAUCUGGUAAAAUCAAGUCAGCCCCUUUAGAGAGAGAAGCACAGACAGAGGAUGGGAGUGAGGGCUGUGGAGCUUCUGCUGAAGAGGAAGUUCAUGGCAGAGAGCCAAAAAUAUCAGACCUGGCUGGCAUCCUUCAAGCUCACAUUGGACGACAGGAAGCCCAUGAGGUACAGUGGGAGAAGGUGAUUGUACGCCAGGAUCAAAGAUUUAAAGAUCUUCAACACCAGUUCAGUCUGUUUCAGCAAGAGUUUCAGGCCCAGACCUCUGCUGGCUUGCUACCUGGAGAGCAAGACCACGCCUGCUUCUCUGCAGGUUUGGGGCCUGCAGACCAUGAGAGGCCUCAUGAGUAUGCUGAUUGGGAUGAGGUGGAACCGGAGCCUGCACCACGCUGUUCAAAAUCAGGUGACUCAGUUUCUGUUCAUCCUUCCGAUAAAGAACCAAGAUUGCAAAAGCUAAGUGAAGAGGAUGACAUUGAGCAUUUUCUUAUAACUUUUGAAAGAAUAGCAUGUGCAUGUAGAUGGCCGAGAUCUGACUGGGCAUUCCAUUUGAUUCCACUAUUGACGGGUAAAGCCAGAAGUGCUUAUGUACAUAUGGAUGUGGAUGCAUCAAUGGACUAUGAUCAUGUUAAAGCUGCUAUUUUGCAGAAAUAUGAAAUAAGCAGUGAGACUUAUCGUCUGAGGUUCCGUUCUCUUCAAGUUGAACCAAAUGAGUCCCCCAGAGAACUCUUUGUGAGACUAAAGGAGCUCUAUGGGAGAUGGGUCAGACCCAGAGGUAAGACCAUUGAUGAAAUUAAUGAAACAAUAAUCCUUGAACAGUAUUUCCGAAUGCUAUCGCCAGAACUCCAAGUUUGGAUCAAGGAGCGUAAUCCAAGGGACGCAGCAGAGGCAGUUUCUUUGGCAGAUGCGUUUGUGGCAGCCCGUCGAAGGAACCAAUCAUGGGCUUAUAAGGCUAUGAAAAAGGAUUAUACCCCUGCGCCAGGUAACACCAGUCCGACAGAGAAUGUUGGUAAGCCAUGUGGAAGGGAGAAAUAUUUUCCCAGUCAAACAAAAAAUCUGGGGCGGAAACCUGUCUGUUAUUUGUGUGGGAAAGAAGGCCACACAAAACCGGUGUGUCCACAAAAUCCAGCUAAACUCUCCCAGAUGUAUUUUGUGCCCAGAGGGAACCAUGCCCCAAACCCAAUGAACCAGCUGUUGGUGGAGACCACAGUGGAGAUAGAUGGACAGAAAGUUAAGGCUCUGAUUGACACAGGAAGCACCCAGUCACUGGUUCAUCGCAGAUGAGGGACAAGCUGGAGAAGAUGACCACCUUGGCUCAGGAGCAUAUGAAGGUCUCCCAGCAAAAACAAAAAACCUGGUAUGACAGAACUGCUCGAGAGCGGCAUUUUGAACCAGGUCAAAAAGUUUUGGUUCUACUACCCACU